AUGACACUGAAUGAAUUAUCCAGUGAUGAUUGGAAUGUACUAUCUGUUCAAAUGACGCUGAAACCAUUUUAUGAAGGAACAAAAUUGCUCAGUGGUUCACAUUAUACAACAGUUGGUUUGGCGUUUUUUCCAAUACAUAAUAUAAAAGAACUUUUACAAGAACCAACACAGGAUGAUCAUACCUUGAAUAAAUUGAAACAGAUGUUGCUGGAACGAUUGGAUAAGCAUUUUGAACACGAUAGACAACAAUAUGAGUUAAUUAAAGUAAGAUUAAACAUGGUUUUAUGGAAUGUGCUCGAUUUUUCUACAGAAAACAAACGCU